AUGGCGAAUCAAAACUACAAACAAAUAUUGUCCUUCGUCCUAUUGAUUUCACUACUACUCACUGAUAAAGUUUUAUCGGUCCAAAAACCACUCGACCUGAAAAAACCAUGUAAGAGUUUCGUCUUAUACCACCACAACAUUGCCUACGACACUGAUAACGCGGCUAAUGCCACGUCAUCAACAGUCGUAAACCCUUUAGGACUAGGCUCCUUCGAUUUCGGAAAGAUUGUUAUCUUCGACAACCCUGUCACAACGGACCAGAACUACCUCUCGACACCAGUGGCUCGUGCCCAAGGCUUCUUCUUUUACAACAAGAAGUCAAAUUACAACACGUGGGUCGCUUGCACAUUGGUUUUCAACUCCACGCAACACAAAGGAACGUUCACCAUAUUGGAUGCAAAUCCAAUGACGCAGCCGACAAGAGACCUAGCGAUCAUUGGUGGGACUGGGGACUUCCUCAUGACUCGUGGGGUUGCUACGUUCUCAAGUGAUCUCAUUCAAGGCCAAAAGUAUUUCCGUCUCAAAAUGAUUAUUAAACUCUAUGAAUGUUACAACUAA